CUGAACAGUGUGAGUACCAGUAAGUCUGUCGAGGGCAUGGGGGCAUCUUGGAGCCGUAUCUACUGCCAGGAGGUACUCCCCCCUACUCACCUGCCCUCGCAGCUACGCCCUUCGAUACUCCAGAUCCCAUCAGGCAACCGGGGAGAUCGGGGUCGGAGGACAACACCGUCGGCCUGCCUGGGAAAGGUAUGGCGGAUAGUCUGCUCGAGUCAAGUGCAGACCAAGACGGGGUCCAGCAGCGUCUAUAUGGCUUUGUACCCCGCUCGACCCGACCGCGACGCGCAUGGGACCCAUCCUCACCCCUCGUUCAAACAUGUUGUGGACGAUUAUAUAUAUCAACUUUGCCCGGCAGGCUUGACUCCGUGCUGAUCUGUGUGUGUGAUGAAGAAUUUCGAGUAGCAUCAAGAAGCUGCCCAGGAUCGAACAUGGUAUUAUCAUCAUUUCUCUUCUACCCAUCAACCUGCACAAUGGCCUCUGCUGGCAACCAUACAGCCCACGCUCACAGGCCCGCCCCCUACGCCAGACCACCACCGCCUUACUACCCCACGCCUCUGGUGUCUAUCACAGAGCUACGACAGUCUGUCUGCUUUCACUGCACCCAGUUCUACCAACUCAAGGUCCCCAAGCAGACGGGUGAUGGGCAUGACGAGACGCCUCACCACCGCCAGGCGUUACAGAUGCUGAACGGGGCACACAACAUAUCCUUGGGAGAAAAUCAGCAGAGCAUGGGCAUGGGAGGCGAGAAGCCCGGAGGUGCAAGAAUGGGUGACGAGAGACCCCAAGGCUGGAUCAUGCCUGCUCCCGGUUACAAUGCUCAGGUUCAGCAGCCUGUCCCCUCGUCGGUCAACCAUUCUCGGCCUUCCCAUCAACAUCCGCCGUAUCACUUGAUCCCUUCCCAAAGUCUCGUUUGCCACCCUUGCACAGCAGCUAUUGGUGAAACCAUGGUUGUCCAGAACGAUCCCAAUUCUGUCUGGCGGCAUCAACAGUGGCCCUUGCAUGUCGAGCGGGAGAGGGUCUUUAUGGAGAGGUACGGCACUCGGAAGAGGCAGCAUCAAGUGUCGGGCACUAUGGCGCAGUGGGGAUCGGGUGAGAUCAGACUCUCACGAGCGGCAGCAGGGUAUGGAGGAGAUCGACGAGGAAGCGCUCCUGCCACUGCUCCCUUAUACCCCCACUCCACUACGCCCAACCUUGCUCGGCGUUUGUCUUUGCCUGUGAUUCCCUUGCCAUCUCGCGCCAGACAUCUCACCGUCCCGCUUGCAAACACUGCCGUCAAAUCGUCACCCAUUCCCCGGGAUACUCUCGAAGCGCCUUCAGACGUCCGCCGCAUGGAUACUCUUCCUCGCGGCGCCUCAUCUCAAAAUCGACCUCUUGACCAAGAUGCGAAAAGAUCAAGCUCGUCACCGUCCACCAAAAGGCUAAGGAUGGUCUCAGACACCCCCACCAUUGCUGAAGAGGAUGCACCUGGGAGUGCCGAGGCUGAGAGGGAGGACGCAGCUUCUGCUAGCCAGAUACUGAAGAAGCCCGAGGCACUGCAGGAGAAGGCAGAGGUCGGCGCGACCGGGUGUGACCCACUCGAUAACGAGAGCUGCCAUCUGUCGAGUGAUUCGAGUGACGGUGGAGAUGAAAAAGACCGGGCCUUUGGGGAGAAAGAGGACGAAAAGAGCAACGAUGAGACGGUAUCCAUCAAGAGGGAUAAGGAAGUCAAAGGCGUGCUGAACGAUGAACUCGAUCUUCGGCAAGACAAUGACGACAAACGUGACCGACUCCACCCAAUCGUACUCGCCUUGCAACAGGUAGUAUCAAUGAAAGAUGUGUUCAAGGAGAUGGAUGAUGGGAAGCGGGCAGAGGUGAGAUUGCUUUUGAAGGAGAUUGAUGAUGGCUUGAGAGAUAUCACGGAAGUAAGGUGAUGGAUGAAUGGAGAUUGUGAUAUAAUGAUACGUCAUCAUGCAUCGCCGAGCGA